AUGUCGUCCUCUCCAGAUUCCACGGAAUUACCAACUGGUACGUGGGAUAAAGCGGAUAAAUCAGAUCCAAUCAUCUCAGAAGUGGAUAUCGAGGCAAACACAAUAACAGAACAAUUAACAAAGGACAAACAUAAGGAAACAAUAGAUUAUUCAGAAACUUCUUCCCUUGAUGAAGAAAAGCAACAACAACCGGAGGAAAAUGGGAAAUUGAAACAAGGUUUGAAAUCUCGUCAUGUUCAAUUAAUUGCAUUAGGUGGGACCAUCGGUACAGGUUUAUUAGUCGGUUCCUCUCAAACUCUAGCAACAUGUGGUCCAGCUGGUCUGUUCACAUCAUACCUUAUCAUCUGUACAUUUAUCUAUCCCAUUAUGAAUGCAUUUGGUGAAAUGGUUUGUUAUUUACCCGGGAAUGGUUCAGAUUCUGCAGGUUCUUCCGCAUAUUUGGUUGAAAAAUAUGUGGAUAGAUCUCUAGGUUUCGCAUCAAGUUGGAAUUAUUACUAUUGUUUCGUCAUCCUAGUCGCUACAGAAUGUACCGCGGCUGCAGGGGUGGUGGAAUAUUGGGCCUGGGCUUUAAAAGUACCUAAGGGUGCUUGGAUUACAAUUUUCUUAUUUUGCGUCGUCGCUUUGAAUAUGUUACCUGUAAAUUUUUAUGGUGAAUCUGAAUUUUGGUUCGCUUCCAUUAAGAUCCUUUGUAUAUUGGGUCUAAUCAUUUUAUCAUUCAUCUUAUUUUGGGGUGGUGGACCUUCUCAUGAUAGAUUAGGUUUCCGUUAUUGGCAAAGACCAGGUGCAUUUGCUGAUCAUAUUACGGAUGGUACCGGUGGGAACUUCCUUGAUGUUUACACUGGUGUCAUUAAAGGUGGGUUCGCAUUUGUCUUGGGUCCAGAAUUAGUAUCAUUGACCAGUUCAGAAUGUCAUGAUCAAAGAAGAAAUAUCGCAAAGGCAUCAAGAAGAUUCGUUUGGAGAUUGAUGAUUUUUUACGUCCUAGGUUCAUUAUCCAUUAGUGUCAUCGUCGCAUAUAAUGAUCCUAAUUUACAAAAUGCCUUAGCACAAAGUAAACCGGGUGCUGGUUCAUCCCCCUUUGUCAUUGGUAUUCAAAAUGCAGGAAUCAAAGUCUUACCUCACAUCAUUAACGUUUGUAUCAUGACUAGUGCAUGGUCCGCAGGUAACGCUUACAUGUUUGCAAGUUCAAGAUCUUUGUUAACUAUGGCUUCUCAUGGUCAUGCUCCAAAAUUCUUUUCCAAAAUUAAUAGAUUCGGUGUUCCAUACGUGGCAGUUGGCUUUUCCUUCUUAUUUUGUUGUUUAGCCUACUUAAACGUCUCCUCAUCGACAGCAAACGUUUUCAAUUGGUUUUCAAACAUUAGUACUAUUUCAGGGUUCAUUGGUUGGAUUUGUGCAUGUGUCGCAUACAUUAGAUUCCGUAAGGCGAUCAUAUUUAAUGACUUAUAUGAUAGAUUACCAUACAAGGGUUUUGCUCAAAAAUACUUAAUAUGGUACUCUUUAUUCAUGGUCUCUUUAAUCACUUUAACCAAUGGGUACCAAAUUUUCAUUCCAAGAUUUUGGGAUUAUAAGGAUUUCAUUGCCGCUUAUAUUACAUUGCCCGUCUUUAUUGUCCUUUGGAUCGGUCAUAAAUUAGUAACAAGAUCUUGGAGACAAUGGUAUAUACCUGUAGAUAAAAUUGAUGUUUUCACCGGGUUGGAAGAAAUUGAAGAAUUAACAAACGAAUUGGACGAAAAAAGAGUCCCACCAAACAAUGCAUGGGAUAAAUUUUUGGAUGCAUUAUUGUAA